AGCUAGUGUUCAGAUGGAGCAGCUCUGGCAACAGAAGAAGCAGGUUAUAUUAUUGAUUACCUGCUGCAGCAGACAGUUGCACCAAGAUUCAUUUUUACGAGCACAGAUGAAGCAGAGGAGGCUCUACUGAGCACUGCUGUAAUUAUUAGUAUUGCUUUCUUAAGACUUCAUUAAAAAUAGAACUGGAUACACAUGCUGAAUUUCAUCUGUGAAAGGUGGAGUAAGAGCCUGGGCACCUGACUCUGGCAUCAGUGCUGAAUGCCUGAAACUGGAUGGUGCUACAGCCUCAGCUUAGGAGCUAAUGCAACAACUUUCCCUAUGAAGAGGGAGUUCAGCAAUGGAAGAAUUUGAAGGAGAAAGGCCUAUAUGAGGAUGUGGAUUUAACUGAUAUUAUGGUAUACAAAAUCCCUCCUCACAUAAGGAAAAGAGCCCUCUCAUGGUGAUGUUAGAGGAAUAGCAGUUGGAGACAACCUGCUGCACUCUGCUACUCUGUGAGGCAAACAUCCAUAAAGCCAAGCAGCCAGAAAAGAAGGGCUCUUCAUGAGAAAAUGACAGCAAGAGAACACAGCCCCCGCCAUGGUGCCAAAUCCCGCACUGUGCAGAGGGCCUCCACCAUUGAUGUCACCUCUGACAUGGUUGGCCUUUCUCUAACAGGAAACAUUCAGGAUCCAGAUGAGCCGAUUUUAGAGUUCAGUUUAGCUUGCAGUGAGCUGCUAACUCCAUCGCUAGAUCGAAAACCAAAUAGUUUUGUAGCAGUGAGUGUAACUACACCUCCCCAGGCAUUCUGGACGAAGCAUGCACAGACAGAAAUUAUUGAGGGAACAAGUAAUCCUAUCUUUCUAAGCAGCAUUGCCUUUUUCCAAGACUCUCUUAUCAAUCAAAUGACACAAAUCAAACUCUCCGUGUAUGACGUCAAAGAUAGAUCUCAGGGAACAAUGUAUUUGUUGGGUUCUGGGACAUUCACUGUAAAGGAUCUUCUUCAGGAGAAGUACCACAGGUUGCACAUAACACUAAGGUCGGCUGAAAGUGACCGUGUUGGUAACAUCACAGUUAUUGGAUGGCAGAUGGAGGAAAAAUCUGACCAAAGGCCUCCAGUGACAAGGUCACCUGAUACAAUUAAUGGAAGGACUGUGUUGCCAGUUGAUGAAAGUUUAACAGAAUCCUUAGGAAUCAGAUCCAAAUACGCUUCACUGCGGAAGGAUGCACUACUGAAAUCUGUGUUUGGUGGUGCCAUUUGCCGAAUGUAUCGUUUCCCAACCACCGAUGGAAACCACUUGAGAAUCUUGGAGCAGAUGGCAGAGAGCAUCCUGUCGCUGCACAUCCCAAGACAAUUUGUGAAGCUGCUUCUAGAGGAAGAUGCAGCAAGGGUUUGUGAACUAGAAGAACUGGGAGAACUGUCUCCUUGUUGGGAAAGCCUUCGUCGACAAAUAGUUACACAGUACCAAACAAUUAUUUUAACUUACCAGGAAAAUCUGACUGACCUGCACCAGUAUAAAGGUCCUUCAUUUAAAGCCAGUAGCUUGAAAGCUGAUAAAAAACUGGAGUUUGUUCCUACAAAUUUACAUAUACAGAGGAUGAGAGUCCAGGAUGAUGGAGGAUCAGAUCAGAACUACGACAUAGUCACCAUAGGAGCACCAGCAGCUCAUUGUCAAGGCUUUAAAUCGGGUGGUUUGCGGAAAAAGCUGCAUAAAUUUGAAGAGGCAAAGAAACACAGUUAUGAGGAGUGUUGCACUUCAACAGGCUCCCAGUCUAUAAUAUACAUCCCACAGGACAUUGUUAGAGCAAAGGAAAUUAUUGCACAAAUCAACACCCUGAAAACGCAAGUCAGUUACUAUGCAGAAAGACUCUCAAGAGCUGCCAAGGACAGAUCAGCUAAUGGCCUUGAAAGAACACUUGCCAUCCUAGCAGAUAAGACCCGGCAACUUGUCACAGUUUGUGACUGCAAGCUGUUGGCAAAUUCAAUACAUGGACUGAAUGCUGCAAGGCCAGACUAUAUAGCUUCAAAAGCAUCUCCAACCUCUGGAGAAGGGGAACAAGUGAUGCUAAGGAAUGAUCAAGAUACCCUUGUGGCCAGAUGGACAGGGAGAAACAGCCGAUCUUCUCUGCAGGUGGACUGGCAUGAAGAGGAAUGGGAGAAAGUUUGGUUGAAUGUUGACAAAAGUCUGGAGUGUAUCAUCCAGCGAGUGGACAAACUUCUCCAGAAGGAGCGCCUGCAAAGUGACAGCUGUGAGGACGUUUUCCAGUGUGACGUCAGCAGUACCAGUAAGAAAGAUUGCAGCCCUACUCCGGAAGAAUCUGCUCCAGGUGAAUGGAGUGAAGCUCUUUAUCCCUUGCUGACCACACUCACUGACUGCGUAGCCAUGAUGAGCGACAAGGCCAAGAAAGCCAUGGUGUUUUUAUUAAUGCAGGACAGUGCCCCAACAAUAGGGCUCUGCCUGAGCCUUCAGUAUCGCAGGGAUGUUGUCUUCUGCCAGACUCUGACAGCUCUCAUUUGUGGUUUCAUUAUCAAGUUGAGGAACUGCCUGCAUGAUGAUGGAUUUCUAAGACAACUCUACACCAUUGGCUUGCUGGCACAGUUUGAGAGCCUGCUGAGCACUUAUGGUGAGGAGCUGGCAAUGCUGGAGGACAUGAGUUUGGGAAUCAUGGACUUAAGGAAUGUAACCUUUAAAGUAACUCAGGCUACAUCAAAUACAUCUACUGAUAUGCUGCCAGUCAUCACUGGAAAUCGUGAUGGAUUUAACGUGAGGAUCCCUCUGCCAAGCGCCUUGUUUGAUUUGUUGCCGCGUGAGAUUCAAAGUGGAAUGUUACUGAGGGUUCAGCCUGUUCUUUUCAACGUGGGAAUCAAUGAGCAGCAAACCCUAGCAGAGAAGUUUGGAGACACCUCACUGCAAGAAGUAAUUAACAUGGAAAGCUUAGUGAGGUUGAAUUCAUAUUUUGAGCAGUUCAAGGAAGUUUUGCCUGAUGAUUGUCUACCUCGAUCUCGUAGUCAGACGUGCCUGCCUGAACUGUUAAGAUUUCUGGGACAAAAUGUUCAUGCAAGGAAAAACAAGAAUGUAGAUAUCCUUUGGCAAGCUGCUGAGAUAUGCCGCAGACUUAACGGUGUUCGGUUUACGAGCUGUAAGAGUGCCAAGGACAGGACUGCCAUGUCCAUCACCCUGGAGCAGUGUUUGAUCCUCCAGCAUGAACAUGGAAUGGCUCCACAGGUCUUCACUCAGGCUCUGGAGUGUAUGAGGAGCAUUGGAACACGGGAGAUAGUCACCCAGAAGAACUUGAGUGGCUUGGUGCCCAUCCGAGAUUUCAGACUAGAUCCCAGCCUCCUCUACUCUAUUCCUUUACUAGCUCUCAGCCCCAAUUUACUGAUUGUGUGGCUGUUUCUGAGCAUAGCAUACCUGGUGGCCAGAUUACGUUGCAAGUGAAGAUAGAGUUCAAAAACAAACAAAAAAAAUAAGAAAAAAGAAAAAAAGAAAAACAACAAAAACCACAAAAACAAAAAAGUGCUUGAAUGUGUAUUGCCACUUGGUACCUGCUGGACAAAGGAAUGUGUCAUAGCAUUGUCUGCCAAGAAUUAUUAUUAUGCCUUACAAUUUUACGUUUCUAUUGUACUAAACUGUAAAUAUACAUCAAAUUAUUUUAACAAAAAGAAUUGUAUUGAAACUUUAAAUUAUUGUUCUGCUUUCAGUGCUUGUAACACAGUCUGACAUUGGCCUGUUACCUCUUUACUUUAGCCGGCCUGAAGAUCUCUUACCAAAUACAGUUUUGUGUUACUUGUUUCAUGUAUUCCAGAGAAAGGAACUCUGUCUGAAAAGAAUUUGUAUCUUUUUGUAUAUUUAAGGUGUAUGCUAAUAUUGCCUUUCAUUUUUACGAGGUAUGAAGAGAAAAAUAAAAACAUGGGUGGGGUUUAUAAGAAAUUAUAAGAAAUUUAUUUAAAGAAGUAACAAAUUUAUACUUUUAUUUCAAAGCAUAAUAUCCAAAUUACAUUAUUGAUCAGUUUGUAGAACCAUAGCCUUGUUCCUUUCUCAUGGUUAAAUAUAUUCUAAUAGACUAGAAAACACUCAUAAAACAACUUACAGUGUGCUGCAUGCAGAAUUAUUUCAUUCUAUUUGUAGAUCUGCAUUUUGCAAUGUAUUAAAGACAUGAGGAAAAUGAAUCUUGUGGUUAGGAAGGGGAUGUGACUGGCAUUAGCCUGCUAAUGAUCCAUUAUCUAUUUUAGGUGCUCUGUUAUAGAACUUACUGUGAAAUAGGGUCAUCCUAGAAGUUAAAGAUAAUGGUCUUUAAUUUUCAGGCAAGAAGAGGGAGGUAUCAGUUAACUCCUUUAGUAGGUGGGUUUCAGGUUUUCCACUGGGCUUUAUUUUAAUUACAUUAGACUAAAUAUUACUGUUACUUCCAUUUUUAAGCGUUGCACAGCUUUAAUAAAUUAUGAUGCUGAUAGUGACUUAGUGAUAAGCGAGCGAUGGUAAGUUAACAUUUAUUUAAGUGGUGAGACUAAAGUGGCUUCCUAAUUUAGUGAUGCAGAGUAAUUGCAGAUGAAAUUUGAUCAUCAUUUAUAUAUAACAUCAAACUAGGGGAGGCCUAUUUAAACUGAAAGAUUUUGUUGAUGCUGUGGUCUGGCAGAGCUUGUCAAUAGCAAUAGCUGAUAAAAAAACUAACCUCAUUUAAUGUAGUUUGAUAAAUUCAUAAAGGGUUUUACUUCGCUUGGUGCCUGAGAUGACAUUGGGCUUCUGAGGAGAACUAGUACUGUGAUUUGUAUUUUCUACUAUUAACUUGCUCAAAACAUAUAGAUAGCUUUAGCUUUUAUUAUAAAUUUUAAUGGAAUUGAGAGCUGCUGAGAGAAAUAUGCUGAAAUAAAAAAAAAUUUAAAAAGAACAGUUAGAAUAAAAAUCAGAAUUAAAUCCUAAAUUUGGAUUUAAUUAUUCUAACUAAAAAAAAAUUGUGUGGUUAUAUUUGUGUCUUCAUGAAAUCAGACUGUACAGUACACUAUCUCUUAAUAUUUUUCCUCACUGUUCUUCCAAUUUUGUUUUUAAAAGAAAAAACACAAAAAACACCACAAAGACAUGUAUGUUUAUCUGUAUCUAUAAAGCACGUAUCAUAUUGCUUUUAGUUGCAAUGAGUUUCAGUACGUUGGUACAUCCUCACUGCAGUUGAGGUUUAUCAUGGUGUGGUGGUUUGGGACACCUCCCUGUGUUUGCUGAUACCUGAUGCUGCUGUGUCUCCAUAGAAAUCAUCUGUUCCUUAUGGCUAGCACUGCUUUGUGAGCUGGGGGUGCCCCACUCUACCUUUUUACAAGGUGAGCAGUUGUCACGUUGGUCAGUGGCCUUGAUCUUGUGGGGAUUGUCCUGGGUUCAGUCUGACCAGAUGUGAAAGUAACUUUAGAAUCACAGAAUAUCCUGAGCUGGAAGGGUCAAGGAUCAGUUCCUGGCUUGGCACAGGACAGCCACAGGCUGUGCCUGAGAGUGCUGCCCAAACACUUCUGCAGGUUGGGGCCAUGAACACCUCCCUGGGCAGCCUGUUGCAGUGUCCAGCCACUCUCUGCUGGCAGCCACACUGACUGAGCUCCCCGAGAUUGUUAAUCUGUUUGAAGUAUGAAGGUGCUGCUCAUGAUUACACUAGGGUUGCAGUAAGACCACCUUAAAACUGUUUGGAAUGAGACCCCAGGCUUCCUGGAAAAAACGUAGGUUUUUUCUUCUUAAUUUCAGUGCAGACAAAUUUGGUGGGUUUUUUUUUUCCUUUUGGGGCCUGGUCUGUGCUUUUGUUAAGGCAAUCAGAUUUAAGAUGCAGUAGUGCAUCCUACUUAUGUGCUUCCAAGAGAAGGAAGAUGGCAUGUGAAAUGAGGGAAAUAAAUCCUUGUCACCCUAUCUGUGCCAUGAGGGACACAUGCAAUAACCAGAUGCAGUGAAAUGUGAUAUGAAGAGAAUGAUUCACUUUGCAGUUAAAAUGCUCACCUAGCAUCACAUAUUUGCUAGUUAAACUUACUGCUUUUAUUAGUACUCUGAAGUAUGAUUUGUGCAAACUUUUUAUGUAUCUAUUUGGCUGCAAGAACCGUUUGGGGGAGUUUUGUGAAAUACAAACCAGUGCCAGAAAAACAGUGUCAUCACAGAUGAUCCAUUCUAUAAAAGGCAAGCACAGAAUGUGCUCCAGAGACAAAUUUCAAACUUAGUUAAACUAUUCCUUAAAGGAAAAAAAAAUUACUGUAUUUUAUGAAGUUAAACUAGGUGUUACAUACAGAACACAGUUACAGCCAGUUUCAUGAACCAAAAUUAGAAGAAUGGUGAGGUCUGUAAGAGCACGAGAGCUUUCAAACCGAACCAGAAUCCAAACCCUCCUUUUGAAUCAGAUGAUCACAGCUCACCUGGUAGAUGCUGCAGCCGUCUCCAAGGCAGGACUAAUCUGACAUUUCCACCGUAAGAUGCUGUACUGUACACUUUGCCAUGAAGGUCUAGUAGUCAUUGUUUAGGUUCCAGUCCUCAAUCAGGGAAAAUAAUUCUCCUGCAAGCCUAAAUUAAUUUAUAAUAUAUAUUUAAAAGAUAGUGCUUCCUCUUUGUAUGUCUGUUUUUUGGAUAUAAUCAAAGGAACUCUGGAUUAGAUUUACAAGUGUAAAGAAGCCUUAUAACUGGAGUAGUUUUCUAUUGUAGCACAGAACCUCUUUGUAAUGUGGGGCAGUUGCACCAAAAUAUUGGGUGAAAAUUAAAUUCUGCACAGCUUUGUUUUUUUGGGGUGAUGACUGUCAAUGCAGCCAGUCUUUUUUGCACUUCUAUUUCAUGAUUAGGAUUUUUUUAGAUUGCUUUGGUUUUCAUGUCCAUUUAUGCAUGCAGAGAUAACUAGAAAGGCAUACAUUAUUUUUGUAUCAGCUUUAAUCUUUAAGUAAGUACUUAUAAUACUGACAUACAGGGAACAAUAAAAUUAUUUUAAAACUCUUAUAGAGAGAUCAGCAGGUUUUGGUUUUCAGCUUUAUGUGUUAAUAAAUUAGCAGAACUGCUUUUAAGCAAUCCCUUGGGAUCCCUUGUGCAGUGAAUGGCAUGUGAACUCCACAACAGUGUACCUUGAAAUACAUGAAACCAGCGCGAAAGAACCUUUUGAGUAGAUGUGCUGCUGCUUUCUAGAAAUGCAAAACUAGCAAUCAGACAUAGCUUGUGUCCAUUCUGUGUGCUUCUUACUGGCAUUGUAUGAUGAAUCAUCUCUUUUAAUAUUUGCAGUGGCAAAUUAAUUAAACGCUCAUUAAAUAAAACCAACUUUAUUUUAAUGCUAUAAAAUAACCAGUUCAUUUCAUCUUAGUUUAAGUCUUUUUUCUUUUUUUUUUCCCUUUUACUGCUGUCAUUUUUUGUGCUUGUUUUUUUCCCCAGUGAGGGUUGUCGCCGAGAAAAUACAAUGAAGAAUGUUGGAUGUCGCAAGUAUGCAUUUAAUUCCCUGCAACUGAAGGCUUUCCCAAAGUAUUACAGGCCUCCAGAAGGAACUUAUGGAAAAGUUGAAACAUAAGCAUACUAUGU